ACAAUGCCCUUAAUACCCGGCGAGCUGAUCCUCCAGAUUAUCGACUGUCUCUUCCCUUCCACUUCGCGCAAGAUACACUCCCCGAGCGACAUUGUGACACAGACCUUGCUCAGUCUCACCCUGGCAUGCAAGCUCACUCACCACCCCGCGCGACGACUGCUCUUCCAGCACUGCCUUUACAUCGACUCGCGGGAGCGACUGGACCAGCUGGUGGACGAAAGCGGGUACUUUGGGGGAAACAGCGAGACCACCACCAACGAUCAAGCCCACCAGUCUCCGCAAAUUCCGUCUUACUCGCUGUACCUGGCCCCAUUCCCGCUCGAUCAGCUCGAUGACGCCCACACAGUGCACCAGGUUGACCGACUGCUCUCGCAGGUCGGGGCUACCCUCCGAAGCCUCGUCAUCGACAUCCCACUCCGAUAUCUGUGCCCAGAAGACGACGUACAUGGCCUCCGCGCAAUCCUCCGCGCCGCGUUCUCCCACCUCCCCGCGCUGGAGGAUUUCUGCUCCGUCCAGGACGAGCUCUACCUAGAAGCGGGGGAGAUCAUCGAGGAACCCCCCGUAUGGCCCACCUGGCCGCGCCUGCGCCGCCUCGCACUGUACAACGCCUGCGUGAACGGUGAAUUUGUAGAUAGUCUGCUACAGUGCUCGUCACAUCUCACGCAUGUGGUUCUCACGCGACCCGAUUGCUACAUGGACGAAGCGCUGCCCUCCGGCGUGGCGGAUCGUCUCCCAUGGCCAGGGUUGCAACGGGUGCUGGUCGUCAACACCAGGGAGGACCACCUCCGCGACGCUCGUAACCGCGACGACUAUCUUCCAGCAGCCCUAGGGCAAACCAGCUUCUGGUCCCGGCUGCACCUCGCCCAGCAGGCUUCGAGACGGACCGAUGACUCCGGAGAAGGGGUGGUCGGAGGGGCACGAAUAGCCUACGCGGACGUGCCUGUACCCUCGGGGCAAGGAGGGGGGGACGAUGAUAUUCCUCUGUCACAGGAGUGGGUUUGCGCGCGGGCAGUGGAUGGAACAUUGUGGGAGUUUCCGGGAUUGCCAUAUCCCGACCAGUAUAUGUAAAAAAGGGGAGAUUCCGUUGGAAGCAACCCUAGGGAUCUUGUUGUUGGACUCGAUGAAUAGCAACCUGGAAACUCAAAUUCAAG